CAACCCGAUAUAUUAUCGUGAUCUCGUCUCACCCUCUCGCCCUCCGUGUAGCGCUGCGCCUCCUCCCGAUCGGUUCACCCAUCGCCGCCGUAUCCUCCACCACUUCGCACCUCACCGCCGUCGAGCCCCUGGAGGCGGCGGAUCGGAGAAGGUGAUCGCCUGCGAUGGCUCGGUUGUACGUUGGCAACCUGGAUCCCCGUGUGACGGCUCGGGAGCUCGAGGACGAGUUCCGCACGUUCGGAGUUCUUCGGAGUGUUUGGGUUGCUCGGAAACCACCUGGUUUUGCAUUCAUUGAUUUUGAUGACAAGAGGGAUGCUCAGGAUGCAAUCCGUGAUCUAGAUGGCAAGAAUGGAUGGAGAGUUGAGCUAUCUCGUACUGCCAGCAGUGGCCGUGGUGGUCGUGAUCGGUAUGGUGGGUCGGAGUCAAAGUGUUAUGAGUGUGGAGAGACUGGGCAUUUUGCUCGUGAGUGCCGUUUGAGGAUUGGUUCUGGAGGUCUAGGCAGCGGAAGGCGUCGAAGCAGGAGCCGCAGCCGCAGCCGCAGCCGCAGUCCUAGAUACCGCCGUAGUCCAAGUUAUGGUAGAAGAAGUUACAGUCCAGCGGCGCGUUCACCUAGGCGUCGUAGUGUGUCACCAGCUCGUGGACGCAGCUAUAGCAAGUCACCACAAUACAACCGUGGCCGGGAUGAGUCUCCCUAUGAUAAUGGAUACCGCCGCAGCAGGAGCUAGAGCCAGACAUGGCGUCUAAGGAGUGUUCUUUUACAGAUAUUGCUCAAUGGGGUAUCAGCUAUGAACAAUAACCUAUUUGAAAGAUCCUCGUUGACUGCUCGACUUUGGUUAAGGUUCUCAUAACUUUUAUCUAUCUUAUUAUGCUUGUCUCUACUUUAUAAUCAGUAGCAAAACUUAUGGAUGGAUGUAUUAUUCAACUAAGAUCAAUUGUCUUUUCUUCUGUGUGUUAAAAAGGCAUCGUCCUGCACUGCUUAAACGACUCGGCCGACUACGGCUUUCAGUUAUGUCUUCAUGGUUUUGUUCUGUGCUCUUCAUUCUUCGCACACCCUCACAUGCUUCGUGCAAACAAAUGAGAAUGUCGCCUGUUAGUCUGCCUACGGCGCAUCUUCGUGAUCCAUAUGCUUUGUUGAAGAUGCUGCGCGUCUGAAAGCAGUAACGACCUUCUUUCUCAUACCAUUUGGUAAGGUUUGAUUGUGUUGACAAAUGCAGCAUCUGGUGUUAGAAGCACAAGUUUCUUCGUAGGCCGGGUCUCCGCAACCUGAACCAGAUUCAGGAACUGCAGUAUUUAGAUGGAUGAUACACCUGCGCGCCAUUUCUGUUAUAAUGCCUUAUAUAUGCCAGGGAAGAGGGAACCCAGGUAAGUGAGCGCUGCCAUAAAGAGAACUGACCGGGCUGAGAUCAGCCGGAGGUGUAAGCCUGUUUAAGACUGCUAUGUGAGUUUGGCCUUUGGUUUCGUUCUUCGCUUGCCACUUCGCGUUACCUUCGAACAAUGGAAGUCUUCCUCGCCUUAUACUUCCUUCACUGCAUCAUCUUGAUUGGCAGUCUUCGGUGAUGCCUUCUUCAAUCAUCAUCCUGAUUGAUGUUCUUAGUAGUCUGCGUUUAAGCCAAAUAUCCUCCAUCAAUGCACCAUUUGAUAUAUUUGUUAGUCAUGUUGGAUAGGUUAAAUACAGGUAUAUAGGAUGGUAGAAUGUCAGAUGAUGUUUGACAUUUGUUGGUAACCCUUUUGAAAUGGAUGUUUGUUUGCGA